AUGGCUGACCUCGCCCGCGAGGAGGCAGACCGUUAUUUCUCCCAUCGAGACCACCCAACUUCCCAUCCCGAGGACCGCGACGACAGGGACAACGACUCCGACCUCGACCCUGAGCCUGAACCUGCAUUUGACAAUCUCUCAGACCCUGGUACAGACGACGACAUCGCCGGCAACAUGGCGACUAUGACUACCACAAAGACCACCUAUCAUCUACCUUCACAAGUUCAUUAUGCCAACACUGGGCCCAAAGGUGUCAUUGCAGACGCACAAUCCUUCGCCCGUGCCAAACAAUCAACCUUCCGUCAACGACUGGCCAGCUUCGCCAACAACCUGACCUCAAGCGGCAAGCCGGCAGCAAUCCCCACCGUCACAGAAAAGGGCGACAAACGCAAAACCAUCAUCUCUGGGUCUCCCAAAUCAACCACAUCCUCCAACUCCGAGGCCAGCCUCGCUCUCUCCGACGACGAGGCCGAUUCAGAAUUUAUGAAAACCUGGCGAGCCACCCGCCUGCAAGAGCUCUCCUCCCAAUCCCAAUCCACCUACGGCUCCCACCGAAAACACCUCCCCAGCCAACGCACCUGGGGCAUGUUCAUGGAAGUCGACGCGAAUGGCUAUCUGGACGCAAUCGAAAAAGUCUCGAAUAAGACGGUGGUCGUCGUCAUGAUAUACGACCCUUUGUCCAGUACCAGUGCUGAGGUGGAAGAUGAGCUGAGUAUGCUUGCCUACAAACAUAAUACUACUCGCUUCAUCAAGUUGCACCAUGAAAUUGCGGAGAUGGAGACUGUUGAGAUCCCCGCUAUCUUGGCUUACAAGGCUGGUGAUGUGUUUGCUACGAUAUCCGGCGCAAAGGCAGAGGGUUUAGAAGGUGUUUUGAUGAAGUGA